UCAACCAAUCUGUCCUUUGAUUCAGAGAGAAGAAGGUAAAAUGAUUAUUUUGGCCAGCAAACACCUUGCUGUGUAUUGCAACCUUCUCUUUUGUUUUCUUGCAGGUUUCGUGUCUGCAGAAACUGUAACAGUCACGGUGGGAACAGAUGCUAUUUUAAAAUGCAGCUAUGAUGCAAACUAUUACGGCAGGCUUUCUGCAUGCUGGGGCAAGGGAACCAUACCAAACAGCGGCUGUGCCAACGAGGUGCUAAAGACAGAUGGGACGUCAGUGAUCAGCAGGUUGUCAGAACGUUACCUGCUCAUGGGCAAUCUUGGCCAGGGUGAUGUGUCUCUGACCAUCAGGCACGCCGAGGAGCAGGACUCUGGUGUGUACGGCUGUCGUGUGGAAAUACCAGGCUGGUUCAAUGACCAGAAACGUCACGUGACUCUGAAAGUGAAUGCAGUUCCACCGAAUCCACUGAGAAUCGAGGCAAGAGAGGUGAAGGAAAGGACCGUCACUAUUCGCUGGAGUCCUGUGUUCGACGGCGGCCGUCCCAUUACAGCUUACAGGGUUGAUAUAAAAAACAAACAGACACCCUGGGAAACAAAAAAAACCACCGAGCUGCAUGAUCCUUCACUGACUCACGUGACUUUGGUGGAUUUGAGUCCAUCCAAGACCUACAACCUUCGCAUGUUCGCCAUCAACAGCGUUGGGAUGAGUGAAACCAGCAACGUUCUCACUAUCACUACAAAAGAAGCAGCACCAGAGGGCCCGCCCCUGGAUAUGCAGCUUGUGGCCCUCAGUUCCAGCAGCAUCAAAGUAACCUGGAAGCCUCCGAGGACUGAGCUGAGAAACGGCGUCCUGCGGGGUUACAACAUUAACUACAGAGAGUAUGACCCCGUGGCCAAACAGUUUAAACGGUGGCAGUAUUUACAUGUGGCUGCAACGCGUGAACAAGAGACCGUCACUCUUGCUAACCUGAAGCCUUCUACCAUGUACGGCGUGCUCGUACAGGCCAAAACAAUCGCCGGGGUCGGACCAGCUUCAAAUGCACCUCUCUGCUCAACUCUGGAUGAGAUUCCUAAAACAACAACAACAACAGUAACUACUUUGCCUUCUUCCACUGCUGCCACAAUGCGGAUACAUUUUUCCUCGGUUUAUGCAACCUCAACAACUUCAACAACCCCAUCAACUUCAACAACCUCAACAACUUCAACAACCCCAUCAACUUCACCAAUGUCAACAACUUCAACAACCCCAUCAACUUCAGCAACCUCAAGAACUUCAACAACCCCAUCAACUUCAGCAACCUCAAGAACUUCAACAACCCCAUCACCUUCAACAAUCUCAAUAACUUUUUAUGCCGCCACAGAUUGGGAGCAAAGCACUGCCAGUAUCUCAGGAGUGCCCCCGGAUCCCCCAGUGAUCGAGUUAAAGAAGGUGGACGGCAAUUCGUUUUCCCUUUUUUGGAAUAUUAGUUCCGAAGGUGACAGCCCCAUCACCGGGUAUUUCCUCGAGUACAAAGCAGUGAAUGCUUCCUGGGAUUACACAAAGAACGCUGUGGACUUUGGAGCCCAUGAGACGGAGGCCACAAUAAUAGAGAUGAAUCCCUCGACAUACAACGUCCGCAUGUUUGCCAAGAACAGCCAGGCCACCAGUGCAGCCAGCAAUGUCCUCACGAUCACCACUGGGGAAGCAGGUCAUCAAAAGGACAUACUCAUUACCAGCAUGAUGCCUUAUACUGCAAGCCCUUUGAAGAGUCCUAGUCAUCACCUGAUAGGCAUCUUUGUAGCUGUGGGCCUCUUGGUGGUAACAGGCGCCAUAUUAACCAUGUGGCAGCUUCGCCGACUAAAACAGAAAAAAGGCACCCUGAGCAUCUGGCUGGGUAAUGGAGAAGUACGCUACACAGACUGCGAGUCACUACAUGAGCUGUAAAACACAGAGUUAAUUUGGGCUACGGAAGGAUCGUAGAACUAACCAAGACAAAAAGUACUUUUAAAUUUCACAUUUGCAAAAAAAAAAAAAAGAAAAAAAAGAAAAAGAUUGUAUAUUUUUGUCUGUCACCAAGGACAGAUGACUAAUCUACUAAAACGUCACCGACAUGUCGGGCUGAUUACAACUAACCAAAAGGAAACACUCAUUAAAUAAGCUUACAAAAAGGGGGACUCUGGGUUUUAUAAAGCAGCUUCUGUUUGUGUGUGUGGUUGUGUUUCUACAGUCAUCAUCGAAUCAUCAGUUUUUUUUGUUUUUUUGUUAGUUUUAGUUUUGCAUGUAAUGGGAACGCACGACAGCUCUGCUAUUGUUUUUGUUUUUGUGAAACUUUUACAGUGUUUGUCCAUCUGCAUGUAGUGUAAACCACAGUGUGUUUAUUUAACAAUCACAGAAUAAAUUAACACUUAGCCACAAGCUGUGCUGAAUGCAUUUGUUUA